GGCCACUCUUCUCUUAGGGACUUGCCACCCAUCAUCCAAGCACGUGUUGCCGGCUGUUUCGCGCUGGAAAAUAAAUAAACGUCAGUUUCUUAGUUUUUACCCUUUAUUUAGCUAAAACAUAACUGACAAUGGGGCGUAAUAAGAAAGGAAAUCCCUUUGCGGCCAGAAAAAGACAAAAACGCGAAAAUGGACCCGAGAGGCCUGAUCGUCGUGCUCUGCCUUAUGAGGAGAUUAAGCGCGACAACGCCUUCUUCAUCAAGUACUACAACCUGCAAAAAAUCUGCGCCACCGAGGAGGAAUGGGCCCAGUUCCUCGAGUCCAUCCGAGACAAUCUGCCAACCACUUUCCGCGUGACUGGCUUCAGGGAGGAGGCGAAAGCUCUGCUGGCCAUCAUAGAGACGACUUUGUUCACGGAGUAUGUGCGUGCGGUGGCUGAGCUGCAUCAGAAACAGCCGGAGGAGGUGGAGCGCCCACUAUGCCUCCCCUGGUACCCGAAUGGUCUGGCCUACCAGCUCCAUCUCACCCGCAAGGAUAUCCGUCGCUCAGAGCCGCUCUAUCGUCUGCACAACUUCCUGAUAGUGGAGACCACAGCCGGUGGCAUUAGUCGGCAGGAGGCCGUUUCUAUGAUUCCGCCCAUUGUCCUGGACGUUAAGCCCACGGACAAGGUGCUGGACAUGUGCGCGGCUCCGGGCUCCAAGACGGCCCAGUUGAUCGAGGCACUGCACGCCGCUCCCGAGGAGCACAAGAUUCCGCCCGGCUUCGUGCUGGCCAACGAUGUGGACAACAAUCGGUGCUAUAUGCUGGUGCACCAGGCCAAGCGCCUGAACUCUCCGUGCCUGCUGGUGACGAAUCACGACAGCAGCGCCUUCCCCAACCUGCUGGUCACCAAGCCGGACAACUCCAAGGCCAUCCUUAAAUUCGACAAGAUCCUGUGCGAUGUGCCGUGCUCCGGCGAUGGCACACUCCGCAAGAACCCGGAUAUCUGGCUAAAAUGGAACCUGGCUCAGGCCUACAACCUGCACGGCAUCCAGUACCGGAUUGUGCGACGUGGCGCCGAGAUGCUGGAAGUCGGUGGACGUCUCGUGUACUCCACCUGCUCCCUGAAUCCCAUCGAAAAUGAGGCAGUGCUGCAACGCAUCCUGAAGGAUGCGGACGGAGCUCUGGAGCUGGUGGAUGCCGGGCACUUGGUGCCGGGACUGAAAUACAAGCCUGGCAUGACGUACUGGAAGCUGGCCACCAAGGAAGUUGACCAAAUCUUCGAUAGCUUCGACGAGGUGCCGGAGAGCCUGCACACCAUUAUCCGGCCGGGCAUGUUCCCGCUGCCCGCCGACGAAAUGGCCAAGAUCGGCCUGGAGAAGUGCAUUCGUGUGCUGCCACAUCUGCAAGACAGUGGCGGCUUCUUCGUGGCCGUUCUCGAGAAGAGACGCCAACUAAGUUUCGAGAAGAACGAUGUGGUGGAGCUGGUGGAGCAGAACGAGAAGGCGAAGCAGCCGGUGGAGACGGAGCCGAAGCUGGACGAGAGGGGCAAUCCGAUCGAGGAGAAGUCCGUGCCAUGGGGACCGCAGCGGAAACGAAGGCGCCUGCACGGCUACAAGGAGGAUCCGUACGUGUUCUUUGGCGAGAACGAUCCAGACUACGAGUCCAUCAAGGAGUUCUACCAGCUGGACGGCUCCCUCAACCAGCGCUGCCUCCUGACGCGCUGCGUCACCGACAAGAAAAAGAACAUCUACUACUGCUCCGAUCCCAUCCGGGAUCUGGUGAUCAACAACGAGCACAACAUCAAGAUCAUCAACACGGGCGUGAAGACGUUCGUGCGCUGCGAGAACCGGCACACGAUCCAUCCCUACCGCCUGGCCCAGGAGGGUCUGCAGACCUCCAACGCCUUCAUGGGCGACAGCAGGCGAAUCCAGAUCGAGCGCGACGACCUGGUCUUGCUCCUUAACUGCACCGAUCCCACCAAGCCGCCCUCCACGCUGGAACUGAAAGCAGAGACCCAGCAGCGCUGCAAGGAGCUGGGAGUGGGUAGCUGCAUCUUGAAGUACGUGGACGAACGCUUCACCCUGUUUGUGGUGGGCUGGCGCGGCACCUCCAGCCUGCGUGCCUACGUCCACAAGGACGAGACCAUCCACAUCCUGCGCCUGCUGGGCGCCGAUCUUAGCAAAUUCGAGACCAACAAGUACGAGGAGGCGAGAGCAGCCGCUGCUGCCGCGGCGGAAGCUGCCAAGGAAGGUGACGAAGGCGAAGCCGGCCCAGAAUCUGAAUCGGAGUCCGCUGGGGAUGGUGUGGCAGCCGAAUCCACUGAGGUCACGCCCAUGGAGAGUUAGUUUAUAAAGUCAAACUUCCCAGCACACACCUAGUAUUUAAGUUGAUUUUUUAUAGUACGAAUCAAAAUCCUAUAAAAAAUUUCCAAGCAUAGACUAUUAUGCUAAAAAAUUUAUCUAAAG